AUGGGUAUGUCGUAUGAAAUAAUUGUUUUCAGUUUUGUUUGCAUACUCUUCAAUAAUGCAACAAGUAAUUUUACAGAAACAGAUCUACACAAACAUCUUUUCGAAAAAUACAAUGCGAACGUGAUGCCGCGUGAUGACGUUCGACAACCCAUAACGAUUGGAAUAGAAAUGUUCUUGAUGUCAGUUGAUGAGAUCAACGAAAAACACGGAACAAUAACUGUCACGGCGUUUCUGGAACUAAAUUGGAAGGACAGGUUUCUACAAUGGCCACCGGAAAAGUAUUCCAACGUGACUGGAAUUAACGUGAAAGUAGGUGACAUCUGGAGGCCAGACAUUACGCUGGAUAACACGUAUGACAAACCGUCAGAUUUCAUGGACAAGGAGGGCAACGCUAUCAUUGACAAUGACGGUAACGUCGUUAUGUGGCCGUACAGCACGUACACGGUAGCCUGUCGAAUUUCCAUCGCAAAAUUUCCGUUCGAUAGACAGAACUGUACAUUCGACUUUCUGUCAUGGACAAACCCUAGCUCGACGUUGUUACUUGUGAACAAGACAAAAACUAUCGGUCUUGCGUUUUAUCGUCCAAACGGAGAAUGGACGUUACUGGACGGAACUGUUCGCCACUGGACAAAGCCUUACGGUGAAGAUCACUGGGACCACGGAGUGAAUGUCAUUGUGCCGAUACUGCGCAUAGCCUUUCUAAAUUGCUUCAGUUUCAUAUUACCAGUGAGCGGAGGGGAGAGGGUUACCUAUUCAAUUUCGUUGUUUUUGACACUGGCUGUUUUCAUGACGAUUGUAAAUGGCUCCCUACCCGAAUCGUCCGAUGAAAUAUCGAUGUUUGGAGUAUACCUUGGUUUGCAACUGAUCGGGAGCGGGUUAACAAUCGUUAUCACUAUAGUGGCACUGCAUGUUUUCUACAAAAGUGCUGAAAACCCGGUCGGCAAACUUCCUCGGUAUUUCACGAGAUUGUUGUGCGUCAAAUUUUCUUAUACCGAAGUUAAAUCUUUACAGUUCUUUCCAAAAAUAAAAACAAUUUCACACAAUGAAACAAACGGAGAUCACCACGAUCAACGACCAAUAAACAAACAAGAUAAUGAAGAGGAACUAUGUACAUGGCAAAUGGUUUCCGGUGCGAUUGAUCGGUUGUCAUUCUUUGUCGCUAUUAGCUGGCACGCAAUUCUGCUCGUUAUUUUAGUUGUCAAAGUAAUGUUAUAA